AUGGAAGUAUUGGAUCUUGCUCACAAAGAUGCAAAUAUUCAGAGCUUAGCCUCCAAAUUUAUGCCAUGCUAUAGAAUGAUAAGUAGUAGAUUUGGUAGCCUUUUGUCUGAAGAUACUAUUGCCUGGAUCCAAUCAGCCCUAGAGGAGGGAAGAGUAGGAGAAGUGGCUUCCAGGAUUCAAGAGACCCUGGAAGCAUCAGAAAACAUCCCACUGAAUAUUGCUGUGACAGGAGAAUCUGGGUCUGGGAAGUCCACUUUCAUCAAUGCCAUUCGAGGAAUUGGGCAUGAAGAAAAGGACUCUGCAAGCACCGGGGUGGUAGAGACCACCAUGAAGGCUACUCCCUAUGAGCACCCCAAAUAUCCUAAUGUGAAGCUCUGGGACUUGCCUGGCAUUGGGACCCCUGAUUUCUGUCCUGAGACUUAUCUGGAUCAAGUACAGAUUGACCAAUAUGAUUUCUUCAUCAUCUUUUCAUCUUCAAGAUUCACAGUCAAUCAUGUGAAGCUGGUCCAGGAGAUAAGAAAGAUGAAGAAGAAAUUCUACUUUGUUCGAUCCAUGGUAGAUAAAGAUUUGGAAAAUGAAAGAAAGUCCAAACCCAAGACUUUCUCUAAAGAGAGAGUUCUACAAAUAAUGAGAGAUUACUGUCUGAAAAACCUCUCUGAUGAAGGCAUGAGUGAGGCACGAGUCUUCUUAGUCUCUAACUUUGAUUUAUCUAAUUAUGACUUCCCAAAGCUGGAGGAAACACUAGUAAAGGAUCUCCCAGCUUGCAAGCGCCAUGCUUUUUUGCUGGCCCUGCCUGAUGUUUCUGAGGCUGCAAUAGACAGAAAGAAGGCUGCCCUACAAGAAAGGAUCUGGCUGCAGGCUCUGAAGACUGGUGCUUUGGCUGCUCUUCCAGCUGUAGGCUUCAUUCUCAAUGAUAUAGACAGUAUGGAUAAGUGUUUGAAACAUUAUCGAAAUGUUUUUGGAGUGGAUGAUGCAUCACUUCUCCAAGUGGCACAAAGGUUGGAAAGAUCUGUGGAGGAGAUCAAGGCGCCCCUCAAAUCUCUGGAUUUGCUGGCACUCAUUAAAGGGGAGAGUGCCAUGGAUCAGCUCCUGAAAGUAGGUGGGGGCUUCUGUUCUGCAAAUGGAGGAAUCAUGGGUGCUGGUUUCCAUAUUGGAAAGACCUACUACAUACAUUUGCACUUCCUGAAUACUGUUGCUAAUGAUGCCAAAAUCCUCUUUCGAGGAAUUUUAGGUAUCCCUUUUUGA